UACAAAGGUGACCAGUAAAGUUCUCUCUGAGCAGCCAAAAAGCAGACAGCUCAUGACUUCUGAUCAGGACACUAAAGUUGUGGCUGAAACGCAGGUGCAGCAAGUACAAGAAGUUAAAGACGGUUCUCAUCUAGAGUCAACCAAGGUUUCUGAGUUGAAUCCUAAUGCAAAGGUGUGGGGAAAUCAUAUGUUACACUUGGAAGCAAGUGGUGCCACUGAUGGUAGCGUGAGCAAAACGUGGGAAGAAAUACCUGACCAACCUCCAGAUUCUUGUAAAGAAGGACUGGAUGCCAAUGGUGACGGCGACAAAAAGCAUCAGAAUGCAGUGCUGACAGAGCUGCAGGAGCAGUCACCAGCUGUUUCGGUGUCAGACCAGACAGAUAUGAACCCUUUGGCUCUUGAUCAUUCUGAGUAUGAGUCUAUGCAGGAAACCACCCAGACAGGUGGAAACGAACAGUUGCAGCCAGAAGGUCAGGAAGAUUUACGAGAAUUACUGAAAAAAACACUGGAAUUCUGCUUAUCUAGAGAAAAUCUUGCCAGUGACAUGUACCUUAUAUCACAGAUGGACAGUGAUCAAUAUGUGCCAAUAAUGACAGUAGCAAACCUUGAUCAUGUCAAGAAACUCAGUACUGAUAUGGAUUUGAUUGUUGAAGUGCUGAGAUCGUUGCCUUUAGUCCAAGUGGAUGAGAAGGGAGAAAAAGUUAGGCCAAAUCAGAAUCGCUGUAUUGUGAUUUUACGUGAAGUACCUGAAUCUACCCCCAUUGAAGAGGUUGAAGCACUUUUCAAAGGAGAUAAUUUGCCUAAGUUUAUCAACUGUGAGUUUGCCUAUAAUGACAACUGGUUCAUCACGUUUGAAUCGGAAGCUGAUGCACAGCAGGCUUACAGAUACCUUAGAGAAGAAGUGAAAACUUUCCAAGGAAAACCAAUUAAGGCAAGGAUAAAAGCAAAGGCAAUAGCUAUAAACACAUUUUUGCCAAAGAACGGAUAUAGACCUCUGGAUAUGAACCUCUACACGCAGCAGCGUUACACAACAUCCUUUUACUUACCUCCAGUAUACAGCCCCCAUCAGCAGUUUCCAUUGUACAGCUUAAUUGGCCCCCAGACCUGGUCAGCCACGCACAGCUACCUUGACCCUUCAUUGGUAACACCCUUUCCAAAUACUGGAUUUAUCAAUGGAUUCACAUCUCCAACCUUCAAGCCUGCUGCUUCUCCAUUGACUACACUCAGACAAUAUCCUCCCAGGAACAGGAAUCCUAGCAAGUCUCAUAUACGACAUACAAUACCCAGUGCAGAAAGGGGACCUGGGCUUCUAGACAGUCCUACAAUAUUCAACUUUUCUGCUGAUCGUUUAAUCAAUGGCGUCAGGAGUCCACAGACGCGGCAGCCGGGACAAAACAGGACACGGAUGCAGAAUGCUACUACGAGUUACACCAAGAGGGAAGUAGGAACUGGACGGAUGGAACAGACCAGUGUUGAUUCCUCUCCUGGAUUAGGUAGAGGAAGGAAAAACUCAUAUGGCUACCGAAAGAAAAGGGAGGACAAGUUUACAAGAGGCCAAACGCAGUCUCCACCACCCCCGAAACCUCCAUCUCCUAGCUUUGAAUUGGGUUUAUCUAGCUUUCCUCCAUUACCUGGGGCUGCUGGCAAUUUAAAGACCGAAGACCUUUUUGAAAACAGACUGUCCAACGUGGUAAUAGGAACAUCAAAAGAAAGAAACAUUAAUGUGGAUGCAAGUACAAACACUAUUCCAUCAGGAAUUCCUCGAGAGCCGUUGUUGCCAGUUUCUUCUACAUUGCCCAGGACGUUUGAAAGGUCUCCUUCGCCGUCCCAGUCUUCUGAGGACUCCAAGGUUGUGGAUAAACAACAGAGAGAGACACAGAGUACAGAAAGGCUUUCUUCUUCCACACUCAGUACUGCAUGUAAAUCGGUACAAGUCAAUGGGGCUGCCAUAGAACUGCGAAAACCUAGUUAUGCAGAAAUUUGCCAGAGAACAACUAAGGAUCCUCCUACUUUGCAACCCCAGAAAGAACAGAAGCCAAACACUGUAGCAUGUGGGAAAGAAGAAAGAAAGCCCACAGAAACAAUAGAGAAAAACAGAGAACCUCCUCCUGCAAAGUCGCAUCCUGGACAACCCAAAGACCAGAGGAGACAGUCAGGACGCAGAUCGUCCCCUCCAGCCGUUGGCAAACGCUUAAAUAAAGAACAGAAUACCCCUCCAAAAUCUCCUCAGUGAAACUAACACCUGGGAGGGAUUUGAGAAGAGGUCUGCUUCCCACAAAUUAAACCCAUGUUCCCACUAAGAUACCUGAGAAUGAGUUGCUGGUUAGGAGCUUGCAGUGAUACUAGGCAUAUAACGAUGCCUGCAAGUUAUUUUUCUGUGAAAUACUUUUUUCCCCUCUUGAACAAACAUUCUAUUUUUCUGGAUAUUUCUGGAUAGUUGUUCUAAACCUUACAUUUAGGUUGGUGCUUAAUUGGAGGUGAAGCUUAGUGUGAUUUUUUUUUUCAAGAUGUAAAAUAUUUGUCUUUAAAAAAAUCAACUUUUUAUUAAGCCUCUCUGUGGCUGUGUGAGUGCAAGCUCUGUAUAGUGAGUUUUUUCUAA